UUCCUAACUGCAAGUGGCUGCAACUAAGACUCCGGCCUCCAGAUGGCGAUAUCGUGCGUCUCUCAUGGACCCUGGCAGCGGAAUGACGUUUGAAGCGGAAGCAGCUGUCAGAUCUGUGCUCUGUAAGAUGAAGAUAAACAAGCUGAAAUCUUAACUUAGAGUAAAAAGUGAGGGUUUAAAACCGGAGUAGACAUGAAGACGGUGUUCGUCACCGUCGGAACCACGCGCUUUGAUGAGCUGAUCGAAAGCGUCACUUCCUAUGAGGCCACACAGGUGCUGAAGUUUCGGGGAUAUGAGCGUCUGGUUCUUCAGGUCGGAAAGGGAUCUUUGCUUCCAGAUGCUGACAGCUGUGCUCACCUCAGCGUGGAGGCUUUUCGCUUCAAAGACUCAAUAGCAGAAGACAUGAAGCAAGCUGAUCUUGUCAUCAGCCAUGCAGGAGCAGGAAGUUGUCUGGAGGCUCUCGGCGCUGGCAAACCUCUGCUAGUUGUGGUCAAUGACAAACUGAUGGACAACCACCAGCUGGAGCUGGCCCGGCAGCUACACAUGGACCACCACCUGCUGUACUGCACAUGCAGCACUCUGAUAGAAACGCUGAAGAACAUGGAUCUCUCUGUUCUGCAGCCGUUCCCGCCUGGACAGCCAAAGAACUUUGCAAACUUUUUAGACAAAGCGCUCGGAGUGAAAUGACGUUUUAACUCCACAACUCUGCGGAUUAUGUUACACAUGAAAGUGCUGACUACAUUGUGAAAGAUCAUGAUUUUAUAAUGUUACAGGUGUGUUUUUUUAUUUUAUUUUAUGUGUGUAUGUAUGUAAUCAGUCAUGAGAUCCUAUGAUUGUCCAGUUUUUUUAAUAUUUCCAUUUUAAAAUGACUUUACAGUUAAAUACUUCUGCAGCCUGAGGACUUCAUGACAAAGCUUUGCAGAAACUGUUAAGUAAAGCGUUAAAUCGAAUGUAAAAUCACCAUCAGUAAGGUGACUGAACUUCUAAAUCUUUAUGCAGCUCAUGCAUUUUUCAUUGAGUUUGACCGCUGCAGCCGAGUUCAUAAACAAAGAAGGUCAGAACUAAUGAUAACGCUCAGUUUCAGACUAAAUAACCUCUUACAUCCUUUUCAUUAAAUGUUCAAAUUACAUUGCUUGAUGGUAAAGCAAGCAUUUUACUGACGAGCAUUUUAUUUGCUUUAGGAAAGUUUAUCUUAAUAAAUAUUUUAGUUUGAAGACUUCAGGAAACAUUUUCAUUUUCAUUAUUAUUUUUUUCCACUAGAUAGAAAUCUAUCUUUUCUUGAAGGUCAGCUCUUUUGCAUUAAUCUAAUUUGUUUGUUGCAUCUGAAACUUUUUAUCAAAGUUGAUCACAGUGAACAAGUCUAAUAUAAUAUAAGCUACUAUUUGGAUAAUCUAAACUACGCAGUGUACCUCUUGACAAAAAGUAUAUUUGGUACUAAUAAAGCCUCACACAGCGGUUAUCUUACCUCUGAUACCCCUAAAUAAAAUCUGGAGGAACCAACAACCUUCCAAAGCCACAUAAUCAGUAAAUAAAACCUGAGUGUUUGUAACUUAAUCUUUGCAUAAAUGCAGCUGUUCUGU